AGCCAGCGUGGGAAACUCACAAAAAGUAGGAAAAAGAAAGCGCUGCUGCUCCUCUUAGAGGAGGAAGGAAAGAGGGAGAGAGAGGGAGAGGGAGAGAGAGAGGGAGACCGAGAGAGUGACUAAUAGAGAAAUGCCAGGGAUAGGGGGAGGAAAGCCAUAGCAGGAUAGGGGUGCUGCCGCUCAGCUCACUGCCUGCAGAAUAAACUCUUUAAAGAUUUGCAUGUUUAAGUGAGCAGUUUGCAGUGCGGAGGGUGUUUUUCCUCCGUGCUCAGAGCCGGCCCCCUUUCAUGCAUUAGCUGAGGAUGGCUGUGCAGAGCUCAGUGUGCUGAAGGCUACCUGUGUGGCCAAUGCCUGGGGUAGCAGGGACCAUGUGAAACCACCUACCCACCUCCAGGCUCAGCAAUAAGGAGAGCACAGCUCCAUCAGCCAGUGCACAGCUGGAUAUACCCACCCCACCGGAUUCAGCUAGAUCAGUGCAGAUGAUCAUGUGAAUCCCUCAAAUUCUAUCCCACUCUGUCUGUGCCCCGUGUCACUCUGCUAUAUCUAUGGUCCACUCUUGCGACGCACUGGCUGUGCCCCUAGCUCCCUCUGUGCUCUGCCUCUCCUCCUGCCCUUGCUCUCCGGCACUCUAGAACCCUCGGCUCCACGUGUCCCCUGUGGCCCGGAGCAGAGCCGGAGGGGAGACGGGCUCUAGGCAGGAGGAGGGUCCCCUGGAAAGGAUGAUGCCGAUGACAGAGAAAGAAGGAGUGGCCGACCAGCAGUACGAGUGCGUGGCCGAAAUCGGAGAGGGGGCCUAUGGCAAGGUGUUCAAGGCCCGUGACCUAAAGAAUGGUGGCCGCUUUGUAGCCCUGAAGCGAGUGAGGGUGCAGACGGGGGAAGAAGGCAUGCCCCUGUCCACCAUCAGGGAGGUGGCCGUGCUGCGACAUCUGGAGACCUUCGAGCAUCCCAAUGUAGUCAGGUUGUUUGAUGUGUGCACAGUUUCACGGACAGACAGAGAGACAAAACUAACGCUCGUUUUUGAACAUGUGGACCAAGAUUUGACCACUUAUUUGGAUAAAGCACCAGAUCCAGGGCUUCCUAAUGAAACAAUUAAGGAUAUGAUGCACCAGCUUCUCCAAGGACUGGAUUUCCUUCAUUCACACCGCGUGGUGCAUCGAGACCUCAAGCCUCAAAACAUCCUUGUCACGAGCAAUGGGCAAAUAAAACUGGCAGACUUUGGACUGGCACGGAUCUACAGUUUUCAUAUGGCACUUACAUCAGUGGUUGUCACCUUGUGGUACAGAGCCCCCGAAGUCUUACUCCAGUCGAGUUACGCCACGCCUGUGGAUCUCUGGAGCGUGGGAUGCAUAUUUGCAGAAAUGUUUCGUCGAAAGCCACUUUUUCGAGGAAAUUCAGAUGUUGAUCAGCUAGGAAAAAUCUUUGAUGUCAUCGGGCUCCCAGAAGAUGAGGAAUGGCCCAGUGACGUCGCAGUUCCCAGAAACGCCUUUCAGUUCAGACAUCCUCAACCCAUCGAAGACUCUGUGCCAGAUAUUGAUGAACAAGGCAAAGAUUUACUGAUUAAGUGCCUCACGUUCAGCCCAGCGAAGCGAUUAUCGGCCUUCCUUGCCCUCUCCCAUCCUUACUUUAAGGACGUACAGAAGCACAAAGACAGUGUGGACUCUCACAGGCCUUGUAGCCAAAAUUCGGGAGAUGACAGUACAGCUGGGACUAAGACUGCUUGAGGCAGAGUUUAUACACGGACAGUACGAGUUUGCCAGCGGUGCCCUUAUCAUAAUACUUUAAUAUUCUCACAAACACAUCGGUCUGCAAAGAAACCUUGUUUACUUUCAUCAAAUCAAUGCAAAACCAAUGCAGCUUUACAUGUUUGUUUUGUUUUGUUGUUUUUGUUAUACGUUGUUUAUUUCAAACUUGGAUUUUCUCCAGUGAAAAAGCAAAGCUGCUGAUUAUCUUUUUAUUUUUUUUGCUGCCUUUUUACUGUCUAACAUUAAAGCUGCUGGUAUGACGCUGAAAAAUCCAGUCGCUGCCACAACAAGAGGAAUCUAUUUACAGCUGCUAAAAGCCUGAUUGGGUACUAGACUAGCCUCUUUUAAUAACAUAUUUUUAUGUCCCUAGGAUGUUAUUGUUAACCCUGUGAGUGCCGGGGAUCCAUAAGGGCUAAAAACAUUGAAUUAGUAGGAUUUUAUUUCGUUUUUUUAUUGUUUUGUUUGUUUGUUGUUGGUUUUUUUCUGAGUUCCAUUUCAGAACAUGUCUUCGACAUGAAAUUAAUCGAAAAGCUGUGUUCUUCAUUGCCAGAAAUUGAUGUAUAAAUUGAAAUGCUGGGUGAUAGGGCGGUUUUAGCAAAGUUCUGAUCUUGUUUUUUUGUUUGUUUGUUUU